AUGAAAACGUUCGAAACAUUUAGCGACCAGCCAGGCGAUGAAAUGAGGAUUCUUUGUCUGCAUGGAAUGGGAACCAGCGGCGCAAUCUUUGAAGCGCAGACUGCCGCAUUCCGUUCCAAACUCGAUCCCAAAAGCUACACCUUCGACUUCAUCGACGCGCCCUACCCGUCCCCGCCAGCCUUUGGCAUCGAAAUCUUCUUCCCACCACCAAACCACACAUUCUACACAUUCUGGACCGGCAUCGAUCCCCCAUCCGUACACGCCGCACAUCAAUGGCUUACGGAUCUUUUCGUCUCACGGGAACCCUACGAUGCCGUGCUCUGUUUCUCGCAAGGCUGUUCCGUGAUUUCUUCAUUCGUGGUAUAUCACAACAAUGAACAUCCCGAGCAAGCCCUUCCUUUCAAAGGCGCAAUUUUCAUAUGUGGGGGACUGCCGCUGCAGAUUCUUACGGAUUUGGGAUUACCAGUUUCGGAGGGGGCGUGGGAGAUCAAUGUGAGGUCUGGAAAAGUGUUGGCACGUGUUGCGGCAUCUGCUUCAGAGGAAAUUGGGAAGCUUUUGGAUGUGAAAAAUCGACCAGGCGUGGUGCGACAGGGACUUUGGGAUAAAACGGAGCAUCUCGAGCAUGAUGUCGCCGAAACAACGUUCCCGGAUGAUUCGAGUGAUGUGUUUGGAUUGGAUAUCCAGGCGUUUCCGGAGGGACUGAGGAUUGGAAUUCCGACUGUGCAUGUUUUUGGGAUUAAGGAUCCCAGAUAUCCUGCUUCCAUACAGUUGGCGCAUUUUAGUAAAGAAGAGAAAAGGAGGACUUUUGAUCAUGGGGGAGGUCAUGAUAUCCCCAGAACUACUGUGGUCUCGGAUAGGAUUGCGGAGUUAGUUGUGUGGUUGGAUGAGCAAAUUAAAUUGGAAUAUAGCAAUGAAGAUUGA